CGUCCGGCCACGGUUGACAUUCUCCACCACUCGACGACAACAACAAUGGAGGCCCUGUCCCGCCGAGAAGAGGAGGAGAUCGAGACGGCCGCCAAGACCGACGCCCUCAAAGCGUGCGACGACUACGUGCGGGCGUUUGCCAAGUGCUGUGAGGGUCGCACGUUCACGCAGCCGUUUGUGUGUGCUGCACCUUUCAAGGCUAUGAACGCGUGCAUCAAGGAAGAAAUGUCGGUCGAUCGCAUCGACACCCUCAAGCUCGAGUAUAUUGCCAACCGCUCCGAAAAGGGCCGUCUGGCCGUCGAGGCGCUCCUCCAGCAGCGGAAAGAGAAGCUCAUCAAGAUGUCGGGCAAGAGGGAGGACGAGCUGCGCAAGCAGGAGGAGUACUACCGCCUCGCGCGGGAGAAGCAGCAGGGCGGCGCGUAGGCGCGCGCAUGAUUGGAAACACACACACCACACACCACUCUGUAGACUAGACUUGCAUAGACUGGACUUUUGCCAUGCUGCUG